AUGACAGUGUCUGUCGAUACCGCACCACCACAACACAAGGCCAGCCGCCCACGAUGGAUUCUCCACAUUCAAGCCCAGUUCUGGCGCGUGCUCAUGGGCAUCGGUAUGGUGCUCCAUCGUCUUGCCCGGCCAUGGCCCCCUAGACCCGCCUUCCACAGGGACAUUGACGCCACCGUGUCGCCCAUCAAGGGCAAGUUCCGCCUCAACUUCUACACACCCAAGGACUAUAAGAUGCAGAAAAAACUUAAGAGUGCCAAGAAAUACCCAGUCGUGAUCAAUUUCCAUGGUGGCGGCUUUGUUCUCGGCACAGCCCACGACGAUGCACGCUGGUGUGGCGCCGUUGUUGACCAAGUGGGAGCUGUUGUUGUCAGCGUCGAUUAUCGUCUUGCACCCGAAAAUCCAUUCCCUACUGCUGUAGAGGAUGGCGCUGAUGCGUUGCUUUGGCUGGCCCAACACGCAAGUGAGCUGAUGCUCGACUCGGACCGCUUCGCAAUCUCUGGCUUCUCAUCCGGCGGAAAUAUGAGCUUUACAGUCCCCCUGUGUCUGCAAGGCGAACUCUUCGAUCGAACCCCGUGGGGCGCAAAGAUUAUCGACCAACGAGCGGGCAACGUACCCAACGGCGUCGUCCACGCACCCCAGGCAUCUUCCCAGACCCUCACGCCACAUGGCUCGCGCAUCAACCUCAUCCGCCAGCAAUCACGCCUCGAUCGAAUUGCCAUGCUCCGCCAGACGGGUGCCUCGUCGUUAUCCCUCGUCACCUCGUACAAAGACAGCUCGGGAGUGUCAGUCAUGACAGAAGGAACCAAUGCCGUUCUCAAGAUUAGAGGAAUAGUCUCCUUCUAUCCCCCAACCGACUACACACAGACGCGCGCACAGCGCAGGGAAACCUGCCCGAGGGUCGACCAGAAUCUGCCUGCCGUCUUCACUGACCUCUUCGACGACUCCUACCUCCAACCGCCCUCGCUUGACCUCUCGCACCCGUGGUUGAGUCCCGGUGUAGCACCAACCCACAUGCUCGAAGCUUUGCCCGAUGACAUUGUACUCUUCUGCUGUGAGUGGGAUAUGCUUCAAGCCGAAGGCGAACGGUUCCGCGACCGCCUUCAAAAAGAUCUCGGCAAGCGCGUCCACUACCACUGUGUACCAGGAGUGCCGCAUGCUUGGGACAAGGCGCCAAACCCUCUUAAAGAAAGCGCUAGCGCAAAGGAGCAGUAUUCGAUUGCUUGUCAAGAACUCCGGCGCAUGUUCGACAUGGAAGAGGAAGUUGAAGAGACCCCGUCACAUUCAUUCGACACUAUGUCACUGAGAAAGUAUCAUACAGCCGUCAAUGUGGACAGAAUGAGGCAGCAGGCUCACGAGCAUGUAUAA